AUGGCAACUCGUCCAAAGCAACAAACCUCGGUAUUUCCGUUGCCACUCCCUAUCAAGUCUCUACAAAAAUGAUAUUCCUAGCAAUCCUGCAUCGAUUACAAUAUGACCGGUUUUGAGCUAUCAUUUCGGACCAAACCCGACAGUCCGGAUACUUGUUCCUUGCAGAAAGCCGCCCAGCGCUGUUGAAGACAGACAAGUUCUUGAAGCCACAAGAUUGGUUGGAACUUACCGGAGAAGAGCUUGAUAAGUUCCGUACACCAGAUACCACGCUGUCCAUGGAUCUUCCCCUUGCGAAAACAGAGUUUUAUACGGGCCAGGAUAUUUUUUGA